AUAGUUGGCUUAAUAGGUAGGGUGGGAAUAUGAAAGUGACGCGCGGUAGUUGAAAGUGAGUAUGGAGCGCGUUGACGUUUUGACAGAGAAAAUCCAGCAGAUAUGGGAAGAGAGUGGGAAAGAAAGAACCAUUUUCAUUGAUUGCCGCCGUUUUUUUCAGAUUCCUACAGACAUCUCUUCCAGCUAAACCUUUCAGGAUUCUCUUUCUGUCUUUCGAAAGCCAAACACCAAAAUCUCCUCUCUUUUUCCCACCUUCUCCAACCUGCUCUCUCUUUGUGCUUUUUUCUUUGGAUCUUGAUUCUUUGUGGGGAUUCACAGUUUAUUACGUCUAUUUGGAGGACUAAAUCAAUGUUCUGAAGCUUUGAUUUUUAGACUCUUGUAGAAGUAGCAGCUUAUUGGAGUAGAAACCAUGGGGAAGCCCAGUGGGAAGAAGAAAAGUCAAGUGCCGUCAAAAUCUAGUGAUACAAAUGUGAAACAUGGUAAAGCUGCGCCAGAGCGUACCUCUAAAGCAUUUGAUGAAGAUACUGCCGUAUUCAUCAGUAUGUCCCAAGAAUUGAAGGAAGAAGGGAACAGGCUCUUUCAAAAGCGUGAUCACGAGGGUGCUAUGUUGAAGUAUGAGAAGGCUCUCAAGUUGCUUCCAGGUAACCAUAUUGACGUUGCCUAUUUGCAUACCAACAUGGCUGCUUGCUAUAUGCAAAUGGGCCUUGGCGAGUACCCAAGAGCAAUAACUGAAUGCAACUUGGCGCUUGAAAUUGCUCCAAAGUAUACUAAAGCUUUGUUGAAGAGAGCAAAGUGUUAUGAGUCAUUGAAUAGGAUUGAGUUGGCUUUAAGGGAUGUCACCCGUGUUUUAUGUAUUGAACCAAAUAAUUUGACUGCACUGGAGAUUGCAGGGCAGGUUAAAAAGGCAUUGGACGAGAAAGGUCUAAAAAUUGAAGAAUUAGAAUUACCCUCGGAAUAUUUUGAGCCUCCUUCUGCACCAGUUGCUACCAAGGUUGUAAAGGAUAAGUCUAAAAAGAAGAAGAGCAACAAAUUUGACCGAAAGAAAGUUGAGGAAAAGAAGGUUGAAGAAAAGAAGGCUGAAGACAAGGUGGUUGUGGAGGAGAAAAGAAGCGUCAAGGAAGAAAAGAUAGUGACAAGAACAGUCAAAUUGGUACUUGAGGAGGAUAUUAGAUGGGCACAGUUACCAGUAGGUUGCAGUAUUAGACUUGUGAGAGACAUUGUUCUGGAUCGAUUCCCAAACUUGAAGGGUGCACUUAUCAAGUACAGGGAUCAAGAAGGUGACCUGGUUACUAUAACUACCACUGAUGAGCUUAGAUUGGUUGAAUCAUCUGCUGGUCCUCAGAGUUCUUUAAGACUCUACGUUGUAGAAGUUAUGCCAGAUAAAGAACCUGUAUAUGAGGGAAUGAGUGGUGAAGAAGAUAUGAAUUCCAGCAGUUACAAAUCAACUAUAGUCACAGAGGAUGGGUAUCUGGAGAAAGAAAGGGAACUGAAUAAAGGGACACCUUGUGUCGAAGAAUGGAUCGUCCAAUUUGCACUUCUCUUCAAAAAUCAUGUUGGCUUUGACUGCGACCCAUAUCUCGAUCUUCAUGAGGUAGGUAUGAAUCUAUAUUCUGAAACUAUGGAGGACACUGUUACAAGUGAAGAAGCACAAGCGCCUUUUGGAAUUGCUGCAGAUAAGUUCCAAGAGAUGGCAGCUUUGUCUUUGUUUAAUUGGGGAAAUGUCCAUAUGUCCAGAGCAAGGAAGCGGGUACACUUUACUGAAGACAGUUAUUGGGAGUCUGUGUUGAAACAGGUUAAAUCUGCAUAUGAAUGGGCAGAAAAAGAAUAUGAAAUGGCAGGAAGUAGGUAUGAAGAGGCUCUUAGGCUCAAGCCAGAUUUCUAUGAAGGUCUUCUUGCACUUGGUCUGAAGCAUUUUGAACACGCAAAACUCUGCUGGUACUAUUUGAUUGGAAGUAAAGUUAAGUUAUCGACUGGGACUUGUGCAGAGAUCUUGGAGCUGUACAACAAGGCUGAGGAUAGCAUGGAAAGAGGAACAGAAAUGUGGGAGGAGAUGGAAGAACAACGUCUUAACGGACUCUCCAAAAAUGAAGAAUAUGAAGCUCUGUUGCAUAAAAUGGGAUUGGAUGGUCUACUAAAGGAUAAACCAGCUGAGGAAGCUGAAGAGCAAGCUGCAAACAUGAGGUCUCAGAUUUACCUCUUAUGGGGUACCAUGCUCUAUGAACGUUCUGUGGUGGAAUUUAAGCUGGGAUUACCAACUUGGGAAGAGUGUUUGGAGGUCGCAAUGGAAAAGUUUGAGCUAGCUGGAGCAUCUCAAAUUGAUAUCGCGGUUAUGAUAAAGAACCACUGUUCCAAUGAAACUGCUCUUGAAGGUUUUAAGGUUGAUGAGAUAGUACAGGCAUGGAAAGAGAUGUAUGAUACGAAUAGGUGGCAUACUGGGGUGUGCGUUUUCAGGCUAGAACCAUUAUUCCAUCGUCGGGUUCCAAAUCUCCAUACUGUAUUGGAAAAUCUCUAAGUUACAAUAUCUGUGAUUGAUCAUUAUAUCGGAGCAAAGGAUAUUUCACAUUACCUCUCAAUUUUGUGUGGCUGUGUGAUGGCAAGUCAAUAGGUUUGUUUUUUGGUGAAUUAUUUCUUCAUGAUCAGGUUUUUAUUUUAGGAGUAAAGGCUGAGUGUGACUAGUCACUCUGUUAGAUUUUGAAGAAUUGGUUUGUGAAGGUUUUUCUGUAUCACGCAUUUGUUUCUUGGUUUUGGUCAUUCUUCAUCACAAAGCCCACCCAAAGUUUAGGGUCUUUGUGAUUUGCAUUCAAGUUUUCACACAAGCUCAAGGUGCAGUGAAGUAUAGCAUUGGCUUUGUAAGAUUGCUGUUGUUAAAAAAAGAAGUUGGUUUGUUCAUUUCUCUCAUUCACAGACGAGAAAUAUAUGGAAGUGUUUAUCUGAGAUGUUCCUUUCUA